AUGUCUUCGUCAAUGGACUACACACGCAUGGUGUUCGUGACUGGCAACGUCGAGUUCCUGAUCGAGGAGCCCGCAAGGCUUACUGCCUGGUCAGAGGCGGUCGCCAAAGAGGUCUGUGAGCAAAAGCCGAUGUUCGCUGCCGUACACCUGCAAGGACUGGGCAAACAGGGUCGAACGAAUGAGUUUCUGGAACGCCUUACUAAAGGGUUCGUCCGUCCAAUGCGUACGUUGGUUUCGACAAUCUCCUUACCCGGUUGGAACGCUAGCCUGCAAACGGAGCAUUCGACCUUGGCGCAGUGUAAAGUACAAGACGUCGAUCUCGGAGACGUUGUGCUGGUUUUUGCGACCCGCUAA